UUAAAAAAAAAAAAAACAGAUAUUUACACGGUGAUGCGGAAAGCCAUGAUUCAGGUGUUGCUCCAUUUUCCCGCCAAGGACAGUCUUCUUCUUCCUCUGGGUCACUCCUCGUUUCGCUUCUUCUCCUCUAGGGUUUCCUUCUCUUCCAAGAAAAAAAAGCUCUAGAACCAGACCCGAGCCAUGGACGACCCAAUGUCCAGUUCUAUUGAGCGUCCUAAAGCAGGUAUUGUCAAGAGGAUCCGAUUGGAGAACUUCAUGUGCCACAGUAAUUUGGAAAUCGAGCUCGGCGACCGCGUAAAUUUCAUCACCGGUCAAAAUGGAAGUGGUAAGAGUGCGAUACUCACUGCUCUGUGCGUUGCAUUUGGGUGUCGAGCAAAAGGUACUCAGAGAGCGUCGACGUUGAAGGAUUUUAUCAAAAAAAAUUGCGGUUAUGCCCUUGUCCAAGUCGAAAUAAAAAAUGAAGGGGGCGAUGCUUUUAAGCCUCAAAUAUACGGCGAUGCCAUAACUAUAGAAAGGAGGAUCACUGCAUCCGCUGGCCCCACUGUUUUGAAAGAUAACCGAGGAAGGAAAGUUGCUAGUAGGAAAGACGAGCUUCGUGAGCUAGUAGAACAUUUUAAUAUUGAUGUUGAGAAUCCGUGCGUAAUAAUGAGUCAAGACAAAAGCAGAGAAUUCUUACAUUCUGGGAAUGACAAAGACAAAUUUAAGUUCUAUUUUAAGGCCACACUUCUCCAGCAAGUUAAUGAUCUCUUGGAAAACAUUGAUCUACGCUUGAAGACUGCGGAUGGUAUUGUUUGUGAAUUAGAGGAUUCAGUGAAACCAAUAGAGAAGGAACUAAGUGAAUUGCAAGAAAAGAUUGAUAGCAUGAAGCAUGUUGAAAGAAUUACUCAGGACUUACAGGAGCUGAAGAAGAAGCUUGCUUGGUCAUGGGUAUAUAAAGUAGACAGGGAUCUCCAGGAAAAACUUGGAAAUGUGGAAAAGCUGAAAGGCCGUAUACCUACUGUUCAAGCUAAAAUUGAUUCUAAAAAGGGUGUAGUAGAGGAACUAAGGCAACUCUUAGAUGAGAAGAAAACUCGAAUUGCACGCAUGAUGGAAAAGACGGAUGAAGUGAAGAGAAAGAAGCAGGAACUGGAACAAACAUUGUCCUCGGCUACAAAAGAGAAGCUAGUGCUAGAAACCGAACAUAACCGAAUAGUUAAGGACAUCCAGAAGUGGGUGAAGAGUGUUAAGUUUCUUGAGCAACAAGUGCAGGAACUUCACGAGCAGCACGUAAAAGAUACUCAGGCUGAAGAAUCUCAAAUAGAGGAGAAGCUGAAGGAACUCCAGUACGAGGUUGAUGCUGCUGAUUCAACAUUUACAAGGUUGAAGGAAGAAGAGAAUAGAUUAUCGGAAUGCUUGAACCAGGGGAUGACUGAAAUCCGACAUAAAGCUGAGGAGAUUGAGGGUUUUGAGCAGCAGUACCAUGAAUUGUCAACAAAAAUACGCGAGCUUCAGCAAAAUCAAACCAACAGGGUUACUGCUUUUGGUGGAGAUAGAGUUAUUAAUCUGUUACGGGUAAUUGAGGGACGCUAUCAGAGAUUUAAAAUGCCACCAAUUGGUCCAAUUGGUGCCCAUGUGACUUUGGUUAAGGGUGAUAAGUGGGCCCCUGCUGUCGAACAGGCCCUUGGAAAUUUGCUCAAUGCUUUCAUCGUAACAGAUCAUAAAGACUGUCUCCUUCUGAGGGCAUGUGCGAAGGAAGCGAAUUAUCAUUACCUUCAGAUUAUCGUGUACGAUUUUUCAAGACCAAGGUUAAAUAUCCCAGAUCACAUGCAUCCUCAAACAAAUCAUCCAACUACUCUUUCAGUUCUUGAUUCUGAAAAUCACACUGUUUUAAAUGUGUUAGUCGAUGUGGGUAAUGCUGAGCGGCAAGUUCUUGUUCAAGAUUAUGACGUGGGAAAAGUUGUUGCUUUUGAUUCGAGGAACUCAAAUGUCAAGGAGGUCUACACAUUAGACGGCUAUAAAAUGUUUUCACGUGCUUCUGUUCAGACAAUCCUUCCCCCGCCCCCAAGGAGAACUUCUAGAGCUCCGCGUCUUUGUAGUUCCUUUGAUGAGCAAAUAAUGAAUUUUGAGAGGGAAGCAUCAGAGGUACGACAAGAAGCUCAAGAGUGCAGGAGGAUGAAAAGGGAUGCAGAAGAACAACUUCAACGCCUUCAAGAUAGUGUACGGAGUGUCAAGAGGAGACGGCAUGAUGCAGAGCGUGAUUUGGUUUCCAAGAGACUAGCACUGCAAGAUUUUAGGAAAUCACAAGUUGUUGAAGCUAGUGCAACACCUGCAUCAACCUCUGAUGAGCUCCAUCACGAAAUUUCAAGCAACCAAGAGAAGAAACAACAAAAGGAGGAGCAGCUGGAAAAGUUACGAAUCAGAAUGAGCGAAGCUGAGGCCAAGGUCAAUCAUCUUAGAGUAUCACUUGAAAAUUUAAGCAAGUCAGCAAAAGGAGAAAUUGAUGGUUUGGAGAUAGCAGAGACAGAUCUUAUGCAGAUGGACGAAGAUCUACGUGCUGCAGAAGCGCAAGAAAAACACUAUGGAGGAUUAAUGAACAAGGUGCUUGAGGAAAUAAAAAAGGCAGAGGCAGAAUAUCAGGAACUUGAGCACCUCCGAAAGGAAAAUUGUCGAAAGGCUUCUAUUAUUUGUCCCGAGUGUGAAGUUGAAGAUAUAGGUGGUUGCAAUACUAGCACCCCGGAGCAACUCAGUGCCCAAAUAACCACACUGGAUCGGAGGCUUAAGCGAGAGAGCCCGAGAGUUUCUGAAUCUAUUGAUGACCUCAAAACAAUGUAUGAGGAAAGAAAGCACAAGAUUUUUGGAAAACAACAAAGAAACAAAGAUUAUCGGGAAAAGUUGGAUGCACUUCUAAAAGCCUUAGAAUCGCGUCGAAGGAAAUUUGAGCGGAACGCUGAGCUUUUGAGGCGCCAGAUAACAUGGCAAUUCAAUAAUCAUCUCACAAACAAAGGGAUCAGUGGACAUAUCAAUGUUAGUUAUGAAGAAAGAACUCUCUCUGUUCAGGUAAAGAUGCCGCAAGAUGCAUCACGCAGCAGUGUUCGUGACAUUAGAGGACUUUCAGGAGGGGAACGCUCGUUUUCAACGUUGUGCUUUGCUUUGGCUCUUCAUAAUAUGACUGAAGCUCCAUUUCGAGCGAUGGACGAGUUUGAUGUGUUUAUGGAUGCUGUAAGUCGGAAAAUUAGCUUAGAGACUCUUGUUGAUUUUGCUCUGACUCAAGGAUCUCAAUGGAUAUUUAUUACUCCUCAUGAUAUCAGCAUGGUAAGGCAGGACGAGAGGAUAAAAAAGCAGCAAAUGGCAGCUCCUCGCUCUUGAUUACUUGGUCAAAUUCACUGUUUACAUGGCUAUGCCAAGGCCUAAUUAUCCAUUUUGAUCAGAUGGUAACCUUUUCUCAUACCAUCUUCAAGCAGACCACUAACGUGUUGAAUUAUGGAUUUCUUUUGUGAUUCUAAAAAUGAAUAGCAAGAUUUUACCUUGUUCAUAGGUCUGUAUUUUGUCCUGUACAUGAGGAUCCUUUCUCUGAAUGACUUAUCAUAGAACAAUCACUUGGUUUAAAUUAUGUGGCUAACAUCUGGGAGCCAGUAAAUGAUGACAGGGUAAAAAUGCAUUCAAUCGCUUGGAUGAUAUUAUUUUGGUUUGCUUUAUAUGCACAAUGACUU